AUGCGUGGACUCAAGAAGAAGGAAACGUCAGAGUAUGCAUCAGCCAAAGCGGUCCCGAUAUCGUUAGGCGUGCUUACGGUUCUCCACGCUUUCCUCGAUUCUCCCACCGGACUUAAAGGAUCUAGCGAAGAAAGUCGUGACGUGUCGCUGAGCCGAUUUCGCCCAAGCAUCGUUGUUCCGGAUGAAUUCAUCGAUUAUGGAACGUACGCUCUUUUCAAUCACAAAACUACUGUGACAGAAGGGCCCACGUAUAACUUGCGUCACGUAUCCAAGGACGAAGACGCUAUCAACGCAUACUUGUGCUUGUGCAACUGGGUGGACUACACUUUGGAGCCGAAAGGGCAUCAGUGGCGUGACGGAGAUUUCGUUUUCCAACACUGA